CCGGCUCUGGUGGAGGCAGUGGGGCUUCUGGGGGGUCCCUGGGAAGGGGCGCAAGUUAGCAGAUGUGCCUGAAGAAGUGUCUGGUCGGCCUCACGUUUUGUACCUGCUACCUGGCUUCUCACCUCACGAACAAGUAUGUCCUGUCUGUCUUGAAAUUUACCUACCCUACAUUAUUCCAAGGGUGGCAGACACUGGUUGCUGGGCUUCUGCUUCAUGUGUCAUGGAAGCUGGGCUGGGUGGAGAUCAACAGCCGUUCAAGAUCUGAUGUUUUGACGUGGCUUCCUGCUUCGGUGCUAUUUGUGGGUAUCAUCUAUGCUGGUUCCAGAGCGCUGUCCAGACUGGCCAUUCCUGUGUUUCUCACUUUGCAUAAUGCAGCCGAAGUUAUCAUCUGUGGGCACCAGAAGUGUUUUCGGAAAGAGAAAACUUCUCCUGCAAAGAUUUGUAGUGCCCUCUUCCUCCUGGCCGCCGCCGGGUGCCUGCCCUUCAACGACUCCCAGUUUGAUCCAGAUGGAUAUUUCUGGGCUGUAAUUCACUUACUCUGUAUAGGGGCUUAUAAGAUACUACAGAAAUCCCAGAAACCCAACAAGUUAAGUGACACUGACCAGCAGUACUUAAACUAUCUAUUCAGCGUGGUGCUCCUGACUUUAGCAGCUCACCCCACAGGUGAUCUCCUCAGCGUCCUGGACUUUCCGUUCCUGUAUUUCUACGGAUUCCACGGCAGCUGCUGUGCCAGCGGAUUUUUAGGGUUCUUUCUCAUGUUCAGCACCAUGAAACUAUGGCCUGGGGUUUCGCUUACUGGAGAAAGAGAAGAGCCCACAGGCUGGAGCCUUGCUGAUCUGGGCGCUGGCCAUCAGUUCUCUUGA